AGGAGCAAACAAUGGCCGCGCAGCCAAACCAAUCACGGUUCGUGAAUUGAAGUUGCUCGUAUUUUGGAGGAAAAUUUCGAAUUUUUCAAUGGAAAACACCGAGUUAGAGAUUUAUUCGGAUAUAAGUUGACUUGAUGGUGCCGGUUAUUCGGAAAUUGAUGUUAGAUUAUUUGAUCUAAAAGUGAUAAAGUGCUAAGAAAGUGGUUCGAAUAUUGGGUGUCCUUUUUAAGGGAACAGAAUAUUGUGGAAGAUAAAAAGUGUUUGGAAAAACUAGAAUUUGAUGCAAAACGGUGCAAAAAAUAUUCGCGAAAUGGGAGUUUGAAAAGUAUAAAAAUAGUGAUUUAUUGUAAACGUUUUUUUGGGUGAUCCAAAGGUUUGCUGGCAAAGUGAAUUUUAGACGAGACAAUUGAAUAAGAAUCUAAUCAAUUUGGUUUCCGAUGGCAAUUCUUGAUAAAGUUAAAAGGAAUAGUGUUAAAAGGGUUUUGAGAAUCUGUUGUCUGAUAGAAUUUUUUUCAAAGAAGGAUGGGAAUUUCGAUUACUGAGCUGUUCCAACUGAUUGACCGCCAAGAGUGCAGAGAGAUUGAAGAUCAGUGAGGCGAACAAAACUUUGGAUUCGGUUGAAUACGUCGUCUUUUAUUCGUGGAAAGGGAAAUACCCGAGUUUCAAGAAAGUGUGAAAAUUUAGUGGAAGUGCUUAUCUGCUCUGCUCGGCUGGAGAACGGAAAAGAUUUCUUCAAUCCUCCCGGGAAGGAGUGCUGGUUGCAGGAUUCUUUGAAGCUAAUCCAUCUAAAUGCCUCCACCCUCUUAAGGCGAUCGGCUCCCCCAACUGCACGCACCAAGCCAACGAAAGGCGGAUUCAGCAGACCCCAAAGAGCCUAGGCCAAGUCAUCAGUGCUGACCAAAAGGACUCUCCCCCGCGUCUCUCUCUCACAGGAUAAGCGUUAUCCUUGCACCGUUCUCUCUCUCAGGCACGCAAUUCGAGAGAGCCAGAGAGUGAGGAGAAGAGACCAUAGCGCAAGGACAUUCCCCUCGACAAACGACAUUGGAAGAGCCUGGAGACCGUUUCAGUUGCCAUCGGGCAGAGUUCUGAACCGGUUGUCGUCGUGCGCUCCGAGACAUCAGACAAAACGGAAACGAGGUCACAUUGCCGUGUGUUGCGUACUCCCGACUGGAGGAGGGCAGGAAACAGGAAGAGCAGUGACCCGAACGGGUGAAGAUAAUACAAUCGGAGUGAUAGUUGACCUCCGCGCGCGAUUGUUAGAAUCGGAUUCGGGUUGCGAGGUACGACGACUUUUCACGUGAAUUCGUAGAACGAGCCGUGUGAUUCCCGUUACGCAGUGCAACGAAUUGAUCCGUGCCGUCGGGUUCGAUUGAGAAGAAUACGCUUAGGCAGCUCCAGAAGAAGUGGUAGAAGCAAAUAAUUAAAUAUUCCGCCUGUGUGAGCGAGUGUUUGUGCUAGGCAGCAGAGAUAUCCACCCGAAAGAGAAUAUAAGGUACGGAGUGCUGGUUGAUGUUUUUCGAGAAGACGAGUGCGGUGCUUGCGUCUAUGUUUCUUUCCAUGCCAGUCCCGUAAAGAGUGGUGCGAGGGAGGGUGAUUAAGUGGAAUGAGUGAGCCUCCUCUUUCUGGUUCGCGGUGUUUCUAGUCUUCUGCUUCUUCAAAUAGGCAGGCAUAGGCAGACGACGGCCUCCGUCCAAUGCUUUGUGUGUUCUCCGAAACCUGGAAUUAUUCUGUACACCCUUCGGGACGGCUAAGCGCUGGAUCCAGGAUUUGUACCGGUGUGAGUGCGUCUGUGCGGUGUACUCACUCGCCAGGAACGGAAAGAAGAACCCCUCGCCUUCGGGUUGACCGUAUUUGUGUAGGUAUCUGAUGCAGAUGCCAGUUUAGAGCGCUGCUGCCAGAAGAAACAGACAUGUGAUAAAUGUGAACACAGCGGUGUUCAACGACGAGCAAAGAAUCCCAAGAAGAGCUCUCAAGCACCAAGUGCCAAGAAGAAUGUGAAAAAAAUGACGAAAAUCCUCGACGAAACUCGACCGAGAUGUGCUUAGACAGUGUUUCGGGGCGUUUUUGUUCUAGUUUGGGAUAAUUUCCAUCAUUUCGGGGGUGAAAAUCGAUAAUCCUCUACUUGAGAGGUGGAAGCUCUGUGUGAAUCCGUAAAAAACAGCACUAAUAGUGUGAAAGGUGCAUUAGCGUAAUCGCUCCAAAUAAAAAAAUAAUCCGUAGCAUACGUGCGUACGGAAGUGUGCACGUUUCACCAUGUUUCCCGAAGGGACAUUGCACAAAAAAUACAAGAUCUCCUUAUCGUUGAACCGCGUCGACGAGUCUAACCAUGGUCGGAGUAGCAGCCUUAACCGGAUAACCCGAAGUCUAUUAACCAGUCCACAACAACCAACGCAACCGGAAGAUGACUGCAGCAGUAGCCUUAGUAGUAGGAUCAGUAGUGAUAUCGACAGCUGUCUACGGUUACGGCCAAACUUGCUGGACUGCUCCUGCAGCCAGACGAUGGACAGUGUCAACGAGAACCACAACGACAUGCUGCCCAGCUGCCCCCCAUUGCCCAGUAGUAGUCACCCCAACCCUAGUGCUAAUAGCUGUACCCGCAAAUUUGGCCGGCGGAGACAACGGCGGCCGGAUACAGUCAAAAAGGUCCGAGUGAGAAACUCAACCUCCCAACGGACCUUCAACACCCCAACCAGGCGAUCUACCACCUCCCUAGCGUUAGUCCUAUUUACCACCCUCCUAGUACUACUACACCCGACCCGGGUAGCCACGGUCCUCCUGGACCCCAAUGGGGAUGGCACGGGACCGGCCGGAGCACCGGUUCAGGUCUUCGGCGGCGAUGGGUUCGGCAGUCUGAACCUGGAGAAGAGCAUCGCGGCCGUGUUUAGCCGAGUCGCGUACGGCUCAACGACCACGACCAAGCGUAGCAUACCGGACAACGUGUACGUGCCCAGUCUGACGACCGUUUCGACGCCCCUGCUGACGACGUUUAGGUACCGGGAAAAGGACAAAGACCCGCUCGGAUUGGGCGGUAGCGGAAGUGGAGCCGUCCCAGACUUUGGACCUUCCGGUGGUGUGGGAGGACCGGGUCUCGGUGGUGGCGGCGGUCGGGAUCCACACUACAACCAGCAGCAGUUCAGUGCCAACCAUCGGAACUACGAGCUGGAUCUGGAGCGGGACCAUGUGCUGCCCACGUCCGCUCCGAACGCCGAGAUCCUCAAGAGCAACAGCAAUCCGACCUAUCCGAACCCGAACCGGCACCACGGGCAUGACCGGCAUCGGCACUCUAAUUCGACGCCGUAUCCGCAUGGUCAUAACAAGAAAGGCUUCCCCACCAACCCCAUGGGGGACAUCCCGUCCUACUCGCCGCCAUCGCGAACCUUCUUCACGCCACCACUGCCUCGCAACUACACUAACCCAUUCGCCGACAAACCCACCCUGCGGGGAACGAACAGCGACAGCACCAUCAUCAGCACCGGCAGCUACGUCAACCGGCGACCGCUGCCUCCGCCCAGUCUGAUGCCCGGUCACGAACGGAUCCCCAUUCGGCCGGAUCUGAAUGGUUCGGUGAAUCCGCAGAAACCGGCCUUACCGCAGGAUCCCAUGGUCGGGUUGAACGUCGGUGGUGGGCCUCCGUCCAGCUCGUCGCAAUCGAUCGACGCCCAGCGGAAGAAGGCCCUCAACACACCGUCGGAGAAGAGCAACAAGCUGGACUCGGCCAAAGGCUACGGAGUGGACAGUAAGUUUAUGCUCGACGGGAACGCCAACUCCAGUGCGAUCCUACCCAAUGGGAUGCACUUUCCGUCGAUCUCGAGGAUACUGAGCGGUUCCAACGGAAGGACGCAGACCAUUCCGGAUGUGCUGCUGCGAUCGGUAACGUCGGCCCCAAGGCCGAAUCAGCCGACCUUCGAUCUGAAUCCACCGGUAACGUCGCUUAGCAAUUCGAAAAGUUUGAACAAGGGAAACGAUAGGAACGAUGGGGUCGAUGACGAGGGGGAUUUUGAUGGAGGGGGCGAUAGCGCUAGGGAUCAGGACGAUGAGGAUGACGAGGAAGAUGAGGACGAUGUCGUGGCGGAGAAGGAGGGGAGCGCGUAUUCGACGCAAGCGCAGAGCGUCCAAACCAGUACGGUGAGUUCGUUGGUCCAUUUGUCGUCCUCGUCGUCCCCGAUCACGCAGAAGAUGCCGAAUCUGAAUCUGAAAUCGGUGAUGAUCAAAGCCAAUACAAGCGGUGAGGAAGGUCAAUUAGGGAACGGGUACGGGAACGAUAGGAACUUUGCUAGCGAUAUAGAGGAUUACAGCACGUGGACGAUCGCGUGGAACAUUCACGUGUACUUAUCGGCAAUUCUGUUCACGAUACUGGCCGUGUAUUCGAUAUUUAAGAUUAUAUUCUACGAUAAGCUGACGCACCUCUUCUCGCAGUCCUACUUUAUCAGUAUUCAUUUGAUCUUGAUCAUAAUCUGCCUGCUGCGCAUAUUUUACCUAUGCUAUGACGCUUACAACCUACACUUAAGUUUUAAUCUGUUCACUUCGGAGCUGUUGCUGAACUUGCCGCUGACGUUCCUGACGACGACGUUUGCGAUCUUGAUCCUCUUUCUGCUGCUGCGAUCGAUAAACCACAAAACGAACAGGUACAGCUCAAUUCUGCGACCGCUGACGAUCAUGAUCGGUUCGGGGGUACACGUGGGACUGUGCAUAACGCUACAUUUGGUGGAGUCGUAUGAAACGCAGCAGUUUUAUCACAAGCAAGCCCAGCUAUUGGCCACUGCCCGCGGAGGAAAGAUCGGUCAUGGUCCCGGUCCUACCAAUAUCCAGAUCCCACCGAGAGUGCUGUCGCUGAUCUGUCAGAUCAUCUACAUAUUUAUCUGUUUGUCGUUGGGCAUUCUUUAUCUGUACAUGUAUCGGUUGUUGAAGCGGAUAUUGCACAAGAGCCAGAACUACAUCCAUGGGUAUAACAAUUUGUCGUAUGCCAUUCAUAUUACGAUAGCGACGGCGCUGCUGUUCAUUUUGCUGGCGGCGUUGCAGAUCUACGGUGCCAUUAGUAUUAGCUCGCAGACCAAGGUGAAGCUUUCGCCAAAUAACAAACUGAACGACAAUUCGGCCAAGAAGACUUUCUGGGCUUCGCACAUGGAUAUCGACUGGUUCCAGUGGGGCUACCAGUUUAGUUUGAGGUUCAUUGAGAUCGUGAUCAUUGCGCUGCUCUCGUGGGUGACGGGGCUCAAGACGGGAACUUCGAAGGUUAUCCAGAGGGAGAAGGACAUGGAGCAACCGAAUGCCAGCGGGUUUGCCCUAUUUCCGUGUACGUCAUCGUCCAGCCAGGAGAACUUUGAGACUGACUAUCCGGCGGUUUGUAACGCUAAUACGAACCUACAUACGUAUACGUUGCGAACUGGAAAGCCGAUUUACGACGAUAACUUUGCGUUGAAUUCGUUGAAUCUGGAGCAGAAUAGCAACCAGGAUCUUCAGUUGGGACCGGGUGGUGGCGACUUCCAACGAUCGAUCGAGACGAAUAGCAUGCGAUCGAGUUCCCACAACUACAGUAACAAUUACAACGGAAGUCAGCAAGCCGAGCAGCAUGAUGACUUCAUGAACGAUUCCGAACAGAUGCCAGAUCACUACGAGAAUCCGAACUUUGAGCUGAAGCAUCAUCAUCGGGGGGAACCUCGGGAUGGGCCGCAGUAUCAUGACAUCAUGGAUAAUUGCUACUCGGAACCGAUCAACGCUCCGCCAUACGAUACGAAGAGCUUGAGAGGCGCUGCGGGUGGACCUCCGGUUCACAUUCAGCAGGGACCACGAAAUUACGACUUUCAGAACUUUGAACGACCGUCGUUCGAUCAAGCGGCGUCCUCUCAGUCGAUUUCUCGUGGAGAGUUCAGGGCCUCGAAGAAUCUAAAAACGCUGAAGAGCGGUCAAGCUAACUACGAUGCGAACACGGUAGGUCACCACCAUUACAACCACUUCAACAACUACAACGAUUCGUUCGAGAGGAGGAUCGGUGUGCGGAAGAGCGGAACGCUGAACAACAUCGGCGGAAUGCACUUCAAUCAGCAUGUCGGUGGAAGUGGGCGGAAUAAUAACAACUCGACCUCGUCGGCAUCGUCUUCGGCUUCGUCCAACAAUCGUGGUGCAAUACAACAGCAACAGCAGGUGCAAGGUCGACCUCCCCGGGGGAUUGGCCCAGAACGACAUCUCAACGGUGCUCAAACGUUAAGUUCUGCUGGACGAGGCGUUCCGGAUCAUCACCAUCACCAUCAUCAUCACCCGCAGGCAGCUCCGAGGAAUCUCCCUGGAGGAGAACUCGUCCAUCCGGGUAGCUUCAACGAUCGGCUGGUGAACGGUGGCGGCUUUGUUACGGGCGCAGAACUCUCGUCCCAGGAUAACAUUAACAAUUUCGAUGAUAACAGCAGUUCGGCCAGCUACUACCAUAGUAAGAAACGUUCACGGGAAUCGUCCAGCUCGAGCUAUACGGGCUUCAACAACAAUGGCAGUGAUCAUGGUCCACCGAAUCAGGACCCGGGCAGUUCGUCACCGACGGUGUCCGGAUCGAAUGUCCCGAUCAACGGAUUGGGUGGAAGUAGCUCGGGUGGUUCCUCGAGUGGAGUUUUGCCUGGUAAGAUGGGACCUGCAGCGGUUGCGGCGGCAACGUCGUCUUCCGGAGCAGGUGGCGAAGGCGGUGAUAGCUCGACGAUGCUCGUCGCCGAGCAAGGUUUCGUGCGGUUCCGGGCGCUGGAAGACCCCACGCUCGGCUCGCGAACCAACAUUAGGGAUAAGAACAAGCUAUUUAUGAAUUCUUAGAGUUUAACCAGUCGGCAGCAGCAGCAGUGGCAGCAACAAGUGUAAUAAAGUGGCAGCGAUUUUUGCAUUUUCACCCAUAGGUUCUUUUUUCGACUUAUAGAAAUCUAGGAUUUACAAAGGCGCAGAAGAGGUGUGAUCGCAUGAAAUACCCAUUUGCCGGUUCACGGCUUCUCCCCUCGCCCCAUCCAUUAGCGAACCGAAUGAAAAUGAAGAACAAAAAUGUUGUGUCUCGUUGUAAAUAGUUAGCGCGAAAAUGAAAUGGAAACAAUUCAAGUCAAGUGAUCGAUUUAUUACACACUAAAGUAAAUUAAAACUGAGAGAAAGCUACGAUUCUUUAGUCACGUAAGGACCUCCCCCGGGAGGAAGUUGUGUAUAAAGUUAGGAGCAGCAAAAUUUAAGCAUAUUCUUUCGAUCGAAUAAAGAGAAAAUCGUCGUCGGCCUACCCUUCGUUGUAAAUUAUCGUUCUUUUCCCAAGUCUCUUUCCUCCUUCAUUGCUUAAGAUGCGAAGCAUGAAAAAAAAAACAUUCGCUCUAAUGUAUAUUAAACACAAUUUCUCACACCUUCUCGUUCAGAAGAAAUAAAUUUCCUAUCGAUUAAUCGCCAACGGAAACGAUAAGAAAAAAAAACGCAUUCCUUUCUCCCCAGUUCCCACAUUUUCCCCCUUACGAUUGGCGCUGAAAAAAAAGUGUGAAACAAAUUGCAACAUUGAAGCGCAUCCAAGAUGCGACAAACCAAACCUCCCCCCUUCGCGUCCCAUUUCCUUAAGAUGAGUGCAAUUAAUUAGUGAGAGAAAUGUUGCAAUUUGCCCCGACUGUAACACAAACCCCUUAAAAACUUAAGAAAGCAUAAAAAUGAAACAAGCAACCAAUUGUGAUGAUUUAAUCCGUCGUUUAACUUUGAAACUGACACAAACCACGCGCGAACACAACCAACCACAGACACACACACCUACAAACACAAACACAUAGGAAAAUCCCAAUAGAAACAGGAAAAGAGUAGAUGAACACUGAGAUGGAAGAAGAUACUCUAGAGAAAGAAGAAGAACUUAUAGCUGAUCGUCAUAUCGUCAUCAGCAUCAAACGCGGAACGAAAAGCGCGAGCAUUUCAUGUCGAUAUAAGUAGAUAUGAACUUCUGUGUUCUCGGGCUCUGAGAGUGAAAUGUAUGUUUUAAAUGGGAAUAUUUUAAAUAGUUGUAUAUUUACAAAACGCGGUCCCCACAGCAGUUGGUUAGCAGAUAAAGCGAGCAGUACACAACAGAACACACUCGUUUGCCCUCGAGAUUGAGACUCGGUCGGUGAUAUGUUCCAAAUAGGUCUGAAUAGGUUGCGUUAAGUUUUGAAAUCUAGUGCUGCUAUACGUAUAUGCCGAGUUAAUUUGGUUUUAAUUGGUUUUUAUUCAUUCGGUUGUUUUAGGAAUAUUUGUUUUAUGAUCACGUUUUAUAAUAAACUACAUUUUACAACAUUAAUUAAAGAAUCCAUAAGCACAUGAUGAGUUGAAAGUCUGGUUUGUUCUAUCCAAAUGUUGGAUUCAGGAGAAUGGGUUGGGAGUACGACAUUGUUCAAGAAUGGUUUUAUCCACUGGUGUACUAAACUAACUCGGUCGAAGAAUUUUGACAAUAGAGCGAGUCCAGAUCACGUGGGGAUCUUACGGGAGCGUACCCCGCUCAAGUGUCACAAUUCUCAGACCGAGUGAAUCUGUUUUACAACUUAAGAAAGUGUACAGUUAUGGCUAUAGUUGUUCCCUAUUUAGAAAUAUGUGAAUUAUUAAAAACUUCAAUAUUUUGAACAAUAUCCAUUUUUUUUAUCGCAAUAUCAUUCUUCUUUAUCUAAAAAUUGAUCUAAUCACGUUUUGGGAAAUGAUUUAUUUUUAUUUGCAAAUUUAUGGAUUUUGGUUUUUAUUUCGCUAAUUUUUAUUUUUGAACGUCCUAAUUCUUUUGCAUUUUUUAAAGCCUUCCCUAGUUACCGUUCUUGGUCAUAUUUUAUUUUCCGUGCAUUCAACUGAAAAAACAGAUUUCAAAUCAUGUUAAUGCUACAAUGCUCUUCUUCUGUGACAGGAUGAUUGUAGAUAAAUAUAAAAUUACAAACUUUUUAUUACACAUUAGAAGAGACCCAGUCAUUUGUCAUAAAAUAAUGUAAAUUUUGGAACAAUUUUCAAAAAUACAAAAAAGUUUCAAAAGUCCUAUGCAAAAAUACACAAAAUUCAAAAGUUGCCCCGUCUAAAGGCGAGGUUGAGUAGGGUUAACAUCAUAUCGAUAUCAAACAACUCCAAAUCACAAAAU